AUGGGCGGGGGCAAUAACAACGGCAAUGCCAACGGUGGCAACAUGGGCGCCGGUCUCGGAUUUGGUAUGAACAACAACGCGAACCAGAUGCACAGCAACAUGUCCAACGGCGUCCAGUCGCAAGAGACGGGCAACUCGCAGCCCAACUCGGAGUACACGCUCGCCGGCAUCCUCCACCACCUGCAGGGCGAAUGGCGAAGGUACGAGAAGGACCGCAACGAGUGGGAGAUCGAGAGGGCCGAGAUGCGUGCGCGGAUCGCUCUGCUCGAAGGAGAGAGGAGGGGCGUCGAGAAUCUCAAGACAGAUCUGAUGAGGAGAGUCAAGAUGCUCGAGUACGCACUGCGCCAGGAGCGCUCCAAGUACCUCUCUUCCAGCGGUAACGCACAGUCUUCCUCAUCGCCACUUUCGUCAACUGCCCCGCAGAUCAAGAAUCCGCUGCUGCAAGGGUUGGAGAAGGGCACGAUCAGCAGCGGCCGCAGCUCGCCGGCUCCUUUUGCAGAGUCUGCUCCCACGGCCUCCGCCAUCAAUGCAGCUGCAGCCGCUGCCGGCGGCGGCUCCGUCAAUGCUAGUGCUCUGGCCACAGGUCUCUUGUCGAGAUCUACGUCGAGCGCAAAGGAUCCCAAGUCCCGCGCAAAGAGCCGCGAGUACCUCAAGCAAUGUCUGCAAGAGAUCUCGUAUCUCACCUCGGCUUCUACACUCAAUCCGCUGCCCGAUCGUGGCAUUGCUUCGGGCUCUUCCGUCAACGGUGCCAACAACAUGCAAAGUGCGCUUCGACCAAGGAAGACAAUGCUCGAGGGAGUGGCGCCCGCCGCUCCAGGUCCCACCGGGCCUACAGAGUCGCAUGCCGCCAUGGCAGGUUCGAUCAGCCGUGCAUCAGCCGCCAGCGCCCUCGGCGUUCCGAACACAAAGGCUGGUCGACCCGGUCGUUCACCCCUCUUUGCCUCAGAGCCUGUGCUCGAGGAGGCCAGCGAGGAUGGGCAAGUGUCUGGCGAAGCUGAAGCAGAGGCAAAGCCGCAACAGACCUCAGGCGUGUCCGGCGGUGUUCCGCUCAAGAACCCGCUCAGCGCCACGUUCCUGGAGCCAGAAGGUUCGUCUGCGUCGAAUUUGAACGAGCCUGCCGAUGACCGCGAGCAGGACGAGGCACCGGGAAGCUCCAACUCUUCCGAUUCGUCGCGAUCGUCGCAGUCGACCGAUUCGCGCGGCACUUCGGCCGGCAGCCUGACUGACCAGGAGCUCGACGAACAGGAGCAGGUCACCGCCAUCUACAAGCCAGGUGGUCGCGACUGGCAAAAGCUCAAGGAGGCUGGUAUUGAGAGCCGAGAACGUCGAGAGUCGGAGCGACAGGGCCAAGCCGCCGAAGAAGCAACGAUCAUCUCGGAGGCGCAACAGCAACUCGCCAUCACGUCGGAGAAGGUGAACCAGUUGAUGAACCGCAGCGGGCGGGCGCCUGGCUCGGAGCGAAAGGAAGAGGAUGACCUGGCCAACAUCAGUCUGGCUGCAGAGGACGAGGAAGCCGCCAAAGAGGCAGCCGACGCAGCCGCUGACAGUCUGCUCUGGAAGUCGAAAAAGGUGCUGCGCAGCCACCUCGAUGCGGUGCGAGCCGUGUCGUUCUUGCAGAACGAGAUGACGCUCCUUUCUGCGUCGGACGACAACACGAUCAAGUUCUGGGAUCUGGACGUGGGCACGCUGAACCAGCCUGCCGCCAAGUCUGGUACCGAUAGUCAACCGCUCGUCACGUUCCGCGGCCACUCGGCGGCGGUCACCUGCCUGGCAGUGUCGCCGAACAAGCGUCGCUUCUACAGUGGUAGCUUGGACUCGUCGAUCCGCGUCUGGCAGCUGCCCGACGGAGACGUGGAAGCGUACCCGCCGUUUGAAAAGUCGACGGAGCUGGGAUGUCUCGUGGGUCACUCACAGGCGGUGUGGGACGUGGCGGUGCUUCCGGACCGCUCGGACGAAGAGGGUAGACUCGCGAGUGCGUCUGCCGACGGUACCGUCAAGAUCUGGAGCGUGCGAGCUGGACCUUCUGCGGCGAGCUCGACGAGCAACGGCGAGAGCAACUCGACCGCACCCGCACCCGCCGUGCUGCAGCUCAGCUGGGAUUACUUUGGCAGCGAGCCCGGGCCCGACACGGCCAAAGAACGCGAGAACCUGGAAAAGAGCGGUACGCUUCCCGUGCCCACCUGCGUGGAAGCGUGUCACUCGGACCUGCGCUUGGUUGCGGUCUCGUACUCCAACUCGAUCGUCAAGCUGUUCGAGGUCGACACGGGUCGCCAAGUGCGACAGCUCAAGAGCGACGAGACGUACGACGGCAGCGUCGAGACGCAGAUCAACAAGCUCGUGACGCACCCGACGCUACCGCUGCUCAUCACUGCGCACGAGGACGGUUACAUCCGCAUGUUCGAUCUGGACACGGGCGCGUGCACGCUGUCGAUGGUGGCGCACCUGGAUGCGGUCACGUCGCUCGACAUUGAUGCUUCGGGACUGACGCUUGUUUCGGGUGGACACGAUUGCAGUGUACGCUUCUGGGACAUUGCGGGUGGCUCGUUGGCGGGGAGGGAUGGACCGGUGGGCGAGGGCGACAAGUCGACGACGGCGGUGUGUAGGCAGGAGAUCAGCUCGCAUAGGAACAAGGCGAGCGAGGGGGUGCUGGCGGUCAAGUACCAUCCGACCGCGCCGUACUUUGCCUCUGCAGGGGCGGAUGGGGUGAUCCGCAUCUAUGGGUGA